CAACAACAAAGCAAAAAAACUCCAUUAAAUUGCAUCGUAGUGAAAAUGUCGGGAAGAGGAAAGGGCGGCAAAGGCUUAGGGAAAGGCGGAGCGAAGAGGCACAGGAAGGUGUUGCGCGACAACAUCCAGGGCAUCACGAAGCCGGCUAUCCGGCGUCUGGCCCGGCGUGGCGGCGUCAAGCGCAUAAGCGGUCUCAUCUACGAGGAGACCCGCGGCGUGCUUAAGAUAUUUUUGGAAAACGUCAUCCGUGACGCCGUCACCUACACCGAGCACGCCCGACGCAAGACCGUCACGGCGAUGGACGUCGUCUAUGCGCUCAAGAGGCAGGGCCGCACGCUCUACGGUUUCGGAGGCUAAUAACUGUUUUGUUUCUCGCUGCGGCCUAGUAUAUUCGUGAAUUCUUCAGCAUCUUUUGUUAUUUCAGAUCUAAUUCUGAAUUGGGUUAUAGAAUUGCUAAGCUUUUGAAGGAUUAUGGUUCAAUUCGAUCUAGAAGCUUUUGGCUUUUCACAUUGCAGGAGCAGCUUUGUUUAGUUUUAUAUGCUUUUUGUUAAUUUGAUUUCUUCUAUCUCAAUUGAACUUGAGAUUUAAAUUUCUCAAUGCAAGAGAUGAAUUGAAUACAACCAUUUUGACAA